CUUAUAGAUGAAAACGGCCCAGAUCAAUGAGAAGAUGAUAAAUUAAACAGUUGCACACGGGUCUGUCAAGUCCCCGGUAUAUAUUGGGUAUACAUGUGAAAACUAGGCCCAUGGUUUAGCCUUUUCUCAUUCCUCCCUCACCACGCACCAUUCCUCAAGGAACAAAUAGUGCUGAAUGCUGAUGUUGGAGUUUACAUUUCCUCGUAGAGAAGGAUAUGAUAUGAAGUCUACACGUGUAAGUCCACGUGGAGACACGUGUUAUUUUAGCGUUGGCGGCCAGCCUAUAUAUAUAAGUAUCAAACGAGUGAGCGACACGAAGCAAGAAGUGAAAAUGACAAAACUAUUGGCCUUGUUAUGUCUUGUCUUGAGUGUUUUACUGACGGUGAGCCGGUGCACAGAGUCGGAAGGUGAAAUCAUCGUGAAAGAUGGCCACCGUGUUGUUGUGGUGGAGUACGACGCAGACGGCAAAACCAACACUAGAGUCUUGAUUUCACCGCCGGAAAGAGGACAAGAGCAGAUAGGAGACCAAAGAGAAAUGUUUAGAAAUGUGAAAAGGAAAGUGAUAGAAACACCGUCGCCUCUUCCGGUUAGUGACCAAGUGGAGGAGGAGCGUGAACUCCACGCGUCACCAGGAGAGCUCAUAUGCGAUGCCAUCGGUAAGUGUAAGCACAAGGUGGCGAGUGUGUUAGGGAGAGUUGACGAUCCAACGGCGCACGAUAGGAAGGAGAAGGUUGCACGUGCGGCACGUGACGUGAAAGAAACUCUGGCUCACGAGCCCCACUAUGCUGAACACAAGGCUCAAGAAACUAGGCGAACGAUGAGUAAGAGCCAAAACGUUUUGGUGAAGGCAAAGUUGGCGGUGAAGCGGUUAGGGACGGCAGUUACGGCGGCGCUGAACCCGACAAAGGUCGGGAGCGUGGUGAGUCUGAUCGGGAUCGCGGCGGCGUUUGGGAUGUGCGUGUGGGUGACGGUCGUGACGAAGUACUUGUUGGCAUCGGUGCUUGGGAGGCAUCGAUUCGGUGUGGCGCAGAGCAAGGUGUAUUCCGUGUACUUCAAGGCAAUCUCCGUAGGGCUUCUGGUUGGGUUGCUAGGACACGUCAUCAGCCAACGCCGGAAGGUUCUUACCGAUGCGGUGGAGAUGUGGCAGGCCGUUAACCUCUUGUCCUCGAUCCUGAUGGUUGAAGCUAAUGCGUCAUUUGUUGAACCACGAGUUAUAAAGGCGAUGUUUGAGCGGAUAAAAGUGGAAAAAGAAGAAGGAAGAGGGCUUGACAAGUCAGAAUCACACUCCAGUGAAGCAGCGGCUCGAACCUGUGGUAAGAAGGUUAGAUACAAUAUGGAUGAGGAUGCGGUGAACCGUAGACUGAAGAAGCUGAACGAGAGGUUAAGUAGGUUAAAUGCGUACUCGUCGCGACUAAAUUUACUCACUUUAAUGUCUCUCACUUGGCACUUUGUGUAUCUCGGCCAUCGACUCAGCCGCACUUAUUGAGGGAUUGAGCCACCGAUACGUUAGUUGUUUUUGUAAUUUGAUUGUUUUAACAAACAUGAUUCCACAAUCAUAAUUGAGUGAAAAAAGUGUAAGAAAUAAAAAUAAAUAAAGCAAAAAUGGGACAAAACCUUCCUAAGUAUAAUACCAAACUUGGUCAUAAACCCGAAUAGAUCAUGUUGUCCAUUCA